AUUGAAAAACAGGCCUGGACACGUAUUCCACGGUGAGCUAGUCCCGGUAACAGUGGAGGGGAUGGUUGAUGAGGCAACAUAUGACCCAACAUGCGGAAAGAGGAAAGGCGUUCAACUUAAGAAGAGAGCAGACUCUCAUCUAACACGAAUUAGGAGGCAGCUCCGUUAGUCUGCGGCCAUGGGGACGCCGGUAAACUGUGUACUGUCACUGUUUCUCGUUUUGUGCUCAGCAUCGAAAGCCUACGGUUCUAACAUAUGCACCUCGCAAGGGGUCACCACUUGUCAGCAGUGCCUGGCAGUUCAUCCCAGCUGCGCCUGGUGUUUUCAGGAGGAGUUUGGAAAGGGGGGCUCCGGUGUUUCUCGCUGUGACCUGAAACAGAAUCUGCUGGACGAGGGCUGCGGGGCCGAGUCUCUGGAGUUCCCCUCCAGCACCAUCAGGCUUUUGAAGGACACGCCGCUCAGCAGCAAGGCCGGAGGUACAGCGGACGACGUCACUCAGGUCAGGCCCCAGAAACUCCACCUGACUCUAAGGCCAGGUGAUGCCAAGCGUUUCACUGUGUCUGUGAAGCAGGUGGACGACUACCCCGUGGACCUCUACUAUCUGAUGGAUCUGUCGUACUCCAUGAACGACGACUUGUUUCGCCUGAGCUACUUGGGCAACAAGCUGGCGGAGACCAUGGGCAAAAAGACCAGCAAACUCCGAAUGGGGUUCGGAUCCUUCGUGGAUAAGACCGCAGUUCCGUACAUGCUGAUCCAUCCCCCAGAGGCCAUCCAAAACCCCUGCGUCAAAAGGAACAGAACGUGCCAGGCUCAGUUUGGGUUCAAGAACCUGCUGCCGCUGACGGAGAAGGUGGCUCGCUUCACCGAGGAGGUGAAGAAACAGCAGGUGUCGUCCAACAUCGACAGCCCCGAGGGCGGCUUCGACGCCAUCAUGCAGGCCGUCGUGUGCAAGGAGAAGAUCGGCUGGCGUCCGGACGCCUCCCACCUGUUGGUGUUCACCACGGACGCCAACACUCACAUGGCUCUUGACGGACGCCUGGCCGGCGUGGUGCAGCCCAACGAUGGGUGCUGUUAUCUCGAUGAAAGCAAUGUUUACAGUAAAAGCACAGUGCUGGACUACCCUUCUCUUGGGCUCAUAACGGAGAAGUUAUCUGAAAACAACAUUAAUCUGAUUUUUGCUGUGAGCAGCUAUGUGUUCUCCACUUAUCAGGAGUACAGCAAACUCAUUCCCGGAGCAGCUGUGGGAAUGUUGUCCACUGACUCUGGGAAUGUGAUUCCACUCAUCGAGGAGGCCUAUGAUAAAAUCCGCUCCAAAGUGGAGUUAGAGGUGCUCGGAGUCCCGGAUGAGCUGAAUCUCUCUUUCAAUGCCACCUGCCUGAAUGGAGAGGUCCUAAAUGGACUUAAGUCCUGCUCCGGUCUCAAGAUUGGAGACACGGUGUCUUUCAGCGUGGAGGCCAUGUUGCGUGGCUGCCCUGAAGGGAAAAGCCACACUUUUACCAUCAAACCUGUGGGCUUCAGGGAUUCCCUGGAGGUCACGGUGGACUUCGCCUGUAGCUGCGAGUGCGAAGCGAGGGCGGAGGCCAACAGCUCCCUCUGCAGCGGCGGCAACGGGACCUACGAGUGUGGCAUCUGCCAGUGUGACCCGGGGCGGCUGGGGCCGCACUGCGAGUGCUCGCUGGAGGACUACACCGCGUCCGACGACGUCAGCUGCGUCUCGCAGGCCGACGGCCCCGUCUGCAGCGGCAGGGGCAACUGCCUGUGCGGACAGUGCUCCUGUCACGCCAGCGAGUUCGGCCAGGUGUGGGGAAAGUUCUGCGAAUGCGACGACUUCAACUGCCUGCGCUUCAAAGGGGAGAUGUGCUCAGGUAACGGUAAAUGUGACUGUGGUCUCUGCCGCUGUAAUGCUGGCUGGACAGGAGAAAACUGCAACUGCACUAAACUUAUCAACAACUGCUUGUCAAAAUCGGGCCUGCUGUGCAGUGGUCAUGGUUAUUGUGAGUGUGGGAAGUGUCAGUGCACUCAGCCCGGUGCCUACGGAGACACCUGUGAAAUUUGUCCCACCUGUCCUGAUUCCUGCAGCAUAAAAAUGGAUUGUGUCGAGUGCCUCCAUUUCAAGAGGGGGAAAAAAUAUGCAGACAACAGCUGCAACAGAGACUGUAGAAAUGAAAUACAAGUAGUGGAUGAACUAGAUAUCCCGGCUUUCCAGGAUGCAAAAGUAACUAUUCAAAAGAACUGCUCAUACAAAGACGAGAAUGACUGCGUUGUUCGCUUCCAGCAGUAUGAAGACGAAAGUGGCAAAUCCAUCCUGUUUGUGGUGAAAAAACCAGCCUGCCCUGGGGGUCCUGACACUUUAGUGGUGCUCUCAGCAGUGGCAGGAGCCAUCCUGCUACUGGGUCUUGUGGGCUUGCUUAUCUGGAAACUGCUAGUCACCAUCCAUGACCGCAGAGAGUAUGCAAAGUUUGAGGAGGAAAAAGCCAACGCCAAAUGGGAUACGGGUAACAAUCCAUUGUACAGAGGAGCUACUUCCACCUUUACCAACGUAGCAUACAGAGGUAACUAAAUUAGAUGGAACAUGGAAAAACAUGGAACAUGGUAAAAAAAAAAGAUCAAACGACAUCGAACGGGAGUCUCGCAAGAAACAUUGAUUGGAGGAAGAUUUCUUACACUGUCAUGAAACCAGAUUUUGUUGCAGAAAAAAGUACUGAGAACUGUAAUAAUUGUGUGUCGUGUAAAAAUGGUUUAAAUCUAUGAUAUAUACUCCUUGUGCUUUCUAUGCCAGGACACAUUCGUAGCAUUCUUUAUGUGCCGUAUCUGCAUUUGUAGAGGUCAUUGACAUUCAGAGUCAGUUUACACUGAAGCAAACUGCUGCUGCUUCCCCUUUAGUGCUCAUCAUCUGUAAUUCUUGCCUCUGUGUAGCUCUUGUUGAGGAAUUGAUGCUAAAUAUGGAAUGACUUUUUAAAAGCAGCCAACGAAAUGCAGGUUUAUGGUGACGUCUGUGAGCCAAAGUGUUUUCAAAAUGCAAUAAUGUUCAGAUCUGGGAGAUUUAUUUUUUAUUUCUGCAUAAUGAUUGCUGAUUGUUGAGCUGGGUGUAUUUUUUUGAAUGUGUUCAUUGUGUUUCAAGAUUAGAUUUGUUUUAGAUAUGCAUUUGAUGUCCUUAUUUUUGUAUUUAAACAGACUUUAUAUCGAGCAAAGAACUUAUGUUGUGGGCUUGGUUGCAGUAUCUCAAAAUGUGGAAUGCAAGGUCACUGAAGCCUUUUAAACUCUUUAAACAGAUUUGUUACAGUGAGAAAUAGCCAGAUUAAUUAUACUUGGCUUUGCCAGCUUUUAUGUAAUCUUUGGGUUCCUUUCCAAAUGUCAGAUCUGCUUUUAGCCUUUAUUAAAGUCAAACACCAGAGAAUAUUUGACAUUCAUGUCUCAAUAUAAAUAUGUGACUCUUAAAAAGGGAAAUAGUUUUACUCUAUUUAAUGUCAAAAUUUAAAUGUCAUUUUUUUGUGUAGGAUUGCAAGAAAUGUAAUUGAUGUCCUGUGUCAUUUUAGCUGUUUAGUUAAACUGUGUCAUUUUGCUUCCCGGCCAGUUUUACAAAUUAGAUACUUGUACUUAAUGUUUUUCAUGCAAACCAUGGACAUGAAUACUUUAAAAAAAUCGGCAAUCAAUACAGAACUCUUUUGGUAACACAUUUGAUGGACGGUUUCUAAACACUGAAGGUCAAAAUUAGUUGAUUUUUGUUCAAUAUGACUGUCUUUGGCCACAUACUCUUCAUACAUGCU